AGUGUAGCUAACGGUGAAAAGCCGAACCGUGGACGGUAAGAAUACAAGUACAAUUCCCUUCAAUUACAGAGAGGAUAGGAUCAGGUGGGGUAGGUGCACGGAACAGAAAUGGCGACGGCGCUGGUAGGUUCUUCGUGGCCUUGGAUGAAGAUGAGGAUUAGGGCGAUCCCGGAGGCUGCCCCUCCAAUGGCGAUUUGGCUUCAAUCGUCUCUGUAUUUCCGGAGGCGGCGGAGUUUUUCCAUCUCCGCCACUGCUAAGAAGACUGGGACGGAUGCAGAAGAAGAAGGACGAGUCCGAGUGCGUUUCGCUCCUUCGCCCACUGGCAACCUUCACGUCGGUGGAGCUCGAACUGCUCUCUUCAAUUACCUUUUCGCCAGGUCCAAAGGUGGAAAAUUCAUUUUGAGAAUUGAAGAUACUGACUUGGAGAGGUCCACUAAGGAAUCUGAGGAAGCAGUGUUGCGAGAUCUCUCUUGGCUUGGGCUUGAUUGGGACGAAGGUCCUGGUGUUGGUGGAGACUAUGGCCCGUAUCGGCAAUCUGAAAGAAACUCUCUGUACAAGCAAUCUGCUGAGAAACUUUUAGAAUCUGGCCAGGUUUAUCGCUGCUUUUGUUCUAACGAGGAAUUGGAAAAGAUGAAGGAGAUUGCAAAAUUAAAGCAGCUGCCUCCAGUAUACACUGGAAAAUGGGCAAGUGCGACCGAUGGAGAAGUACAAGAAGAGCUAGCAAAGGGAACCCCUUAUACAUAUCGAUUUCGUGUGCCAAAGGAAGGGAGUUUGAAAAUCAAUGACCUUAUUCGAGGCGAAGUUAGUUGGAACUUGGAUACACUUGGAGAUUUUGUCAUAAUGAGAAGCAAUGGACAACCUGUUUACAAUUUUUGCGUGACAGUUGACGAUGCGACAAUGGCUAUAUCACAUGUUAUAAGGGCAGAAGAGCAUUUACCAAACACUUUAAGGCAGGCACUGAUAUAUAAGGCUCUGGGAUUCCCCAUGCCUUACUUUGCACAUGUUUCCUUAAUUCUUGCACCUGAUCGGAGUAAACUGUCAAAACGCCAUGGUGCUACUUCUGUGGGUCAGUUCAGGGAGAUGGGGUAUCUACCCCAGGCAAUGGUGAACUAUUUGGCACUUUUAGGCUGGGGCGAUGGCACCGAAAAUGAAUUUUUCACCCUUGAGCAACUUGUUGAAAAAUUCUCUAUUGGUCGUGUUAACAAAAGCGGUGCUAUUUUUGAUUCUACAAAGUUAAGGUGGAUGAAUGGUCAGCAUUUAAGAGCACUUCCAUCAGAGGAGUUUGCCAAACUUAUUGCUGAGCGCUGGAAAAGCACAGGUAUCCUAACAGAGUCAGAGGGGGCAUUUAUCCAAGAGGCAAUUGAGCUGCUCAAGGAUGGGAUUGAUCUGAUAACGGAUUCAGAUAAAGCAAUCUCCAACUUGCUAUCUUAUCCUUUACAUGCUACUUUAAAGAGUUCUGAGGCCAAACCUGUGUUGGAAGAUAAACUUUCUGAAUUUUCAGCCUCCCUCUUAGCUGCCUAUGACAGUGGUGAAAUCCUCGGUGCUCUUGAAGAAGGCCAUGCUGGCUGGCAGAAGUGGGUGAAGAACUUUGGGAAAUCUCUGAAGCGCAAGGGGAAAUCACUCUUCAUGCCUCUCCGAGUGUUGCUAACAGGAAAACUCCACGGCCCAGAUAUGGGUGCCAGUGUGCUUUUACUCCAUAGAGCCGAAACCUCUGGUGUUGUUGCUCCCGAAGCUGGGUUUGUGACAUUGAAUGAGAGGUUCAAAAUGCUGAGGAAACUGGAUUGGGAGGCAUUAAUCGAGGAUCAACCCCUUUUGGAGCAAGCUGCUACUAUAACGAACUGAGAAAUCACAGUUUUGACAUGCUAUUUAACUAAAGUUAGUUGUUUUAAAUAUGGACGUUUAAAAAUUUGGAUACCUUUGUCAAUAACAGUUGAUAAGAUAAUGAAGUUUUAUUCUUGUUGUUUAUCAU